AUGCUGAUUAAAAGUGAAAUACAGAAGAUUCCAGUUAUGGACAUUGUUGCCCUCUUAGCCAGGAACCUGAAACAAGUCACACUAGAUUGUCCUGACCGGUUCCGUGUUCAGGCUUUGAGGACCCAUUUGAAAAACUCUGCUCUACUUGGCAGUCUCAGUCAUCACUCUUUGCUCUUACCACACAACGCCAACCCUCACCAAGUAACCCAUAUCCAUGGUCUGAAUGGUGUUCCUAGUUGCAUAGUUAAUGAUGAACAGUCAGAGAAGAUAAUGAUAAAAACUCCUAUUAAAGCUUCUGUUUUGAAGAUGCCUGCGGUCCAAAUGCCAGUUGGUGAUCCACUGCCUAUUCCAGUCCCCAAGCUGUCAGUACAUGUCAUUGCCAAAGGUGAAAUAGUUAUGAGUGAGUAUAAGGUCACACAGUCGGCUGGCAAGGGGUGCGGUGUUGACAUCAGUGAUGAUGUUCCUGAUAGCUUGAAAUCCAUAUUGUGGGAAAUAUUGAUAUAUAGUGCCAUUGUAGCUAAAUUGGCAGACGAGUCUCAGAGAGAAGCACAGGCCUUGGAAGAAACUGGAUGUCUCGUUCUACUUCCCUCCCGAGCCACCACUCGCCAUUUAUUCCAUUGCAUGCCCAGAAACAAUGCUAAAAAUAAAGGCAGAGAUGCUAUCUUCUCUCUCCAGAAUCAACUGAUACUGUCUACUGUGAAGGUCAUUGUGACCUGCCAUUCUACCCUUUCCAGCAUCCUCUUCUAUCAACACUUUUUGGAGCUGCUUUGUUAAAUCCUACAGACUCACUCUGUGGCUGUGAUUCAGCUGGGGCUGCUCACCACUAGCCACAUUGGUGAACAGAAUGGGACCUUCUACACUUCACAGAAAUAG